AUGCAGUUCGAGAUUGCUGAUGUCAAAAAGAAGCAGCAGUCUAUUCAAACAGUUGAUCACUUGCUUGAAGAAGUGAGUGAAAAGAUAAAAUUUUGUGAAGUAUUGAAAGAACAAGAAGAUAUCGGACAGUACGUUGAAUCUGUUCCUCGCCUCUUCGACGAACCCUACUACUCGUCAUCGUUCAUCGAAAUAAAACCUGAGGAAUUCGAAGGUUAUGAUCGAGAUCUAACUCGAGCUCAACAUCAGCAUACACAUCAACCGAAUCAGCAAUAUCAGUCCUCUGAUUUUGGACUUACAAGUGAACGGAACAUCGAUUCUGAAGUUCAGAUCUGUGAUUCAUCAUCUAUUGUUGCGAAGAAUCAUUUUCGUCGGAAACAACAAAAGCUUCGAACAAAUCGUCUGAAGCUUGUAAACGUUUCUUGUUAUAUUCGUGACCAAUUCAACUCACGUCACGAGUGGUCACCUCUGUAUUUGCGAAGAUAUCAAGAUAUGUUGCUGUUAGCAGUUUCAGAUGUGCCGCUUCCAUUGCCAGAAAACGAAUCUGACUUUCUGAUGGAACAGCCAUUUUCCAGUUCAGAAUCUGAACAACACUGCCAACUAUUGUUACGAACGUACUUGCCGUCUCCAAGUGCUGGUGAGGCCGAAAAACGGAUACCUUUGGAUCAUUUACAACGAUUAUUUGAAGCUUCAUUACUCUCAAAAUUCCUCCAAAAAGAUUUUCAUCACCGUACAAUUCAGUUACCUUCUCAGAAUCAUUUUUCUUCGACACGUUCAGUUUCUCCUUUCUUCUCAAAAUCUAAUUCUUUAAUGUCCUCUCAUUCCCAUUCUUCAUUGCUGGAAGAAGAUUUCAAACUUGAGACGAUAUGUCAACUUUUAAAUCAGCUACAACUCUACUUAUUUUCUAAUUCUUUUGCAACUGGUGCUCCUCAAUUCUUAUUCUCAGCUUCGAAUCGUUGCAAACCAUCACCUUUACCCGAUAAUCCUUCUCAAGCGUUCGCCGUCAUUCCAUGUUGCUCGUCGUCCUCUACCACCAGUCUAUCAAGUUCUUCGAUGUGUGAUUUCAGCAUGGUUCCAGAUCCGGAAAAUGCAUCUUCAAAGCAUCUAUUUUCGCGGAUAAAUGUUGAAUGCAUUAUGGAAAAAGAUACGCAGUGCUUAGAGCAACCAUUAAUGCAACCGUUAAUCGCUGCUAACAGUUCACGGCAUCUGAACGGCGUUUCUUUCGAUCGCUCAACUUCAGCAGGAUGGACACAAGUUUCACAAGCUUUAUGGAUGUACUUGCGUGAUACAACUCAGAAUCCGACCGCUACGAUUGAUCGUUUACUGCAAGAGCGAUCGCCCAGUCGACUCGAUUGCACACGAGCGAUUUGUGCUCUCGCAAAGCCGGAAUUUGAUUUGAAAGAAAGAACUAGAAAUUCAAAUAGUUGUUCAUCAACGGAUGAGUAUGAUACUACAGGCACAGUUCAGGUAUCUCGAAUAACCUUUUGCAUAGGUGACAUUUUAUACCCUCUUCUUGUAGCUCUUAACACCGAACCAUCAUCUCCUUUUCCAGUUCAAAUUUCCCAUUCAAAAAUAACCAUAGCAAAAAAAUUGAAAAAUUCCGUAUUAUUCGGUAGGGGAGCUGUUUUGUUUUGUGCAUCUCUUAUUUCGUGA